UUCAGUACACUCCUCCGACGGCGGCAGCAGAGUACGUUCACCGUGUCGGUCGGACGGCUCGUAUCGGAGGUGGAGGAAGCAGUCUGAUUUUCCUCACCCCCGCUGAGACCGCCUUCAUCAACGAGCUGGCCAAUCACAAUAUCAGCCUAUCAGACAUGAAGCUGCAGGAUAUCCUGUCCAGUCUGAUGAUGGAUGACACCUACAAGGGGCGGGGCAAAUACCACAGCAAGAGUUCGUCCAAAGCUCUGGAGCAGGAGACCAGAGAGCGAGCGACGGUUCUUCAGACGGAGUUUGAGAACUUCGUUCACACCGACGCUCAGUCGGUUCAGUCAGCAAAGAAAGCUCUGCAGUCCUUCCUGCGGGCGUACACCACUUACCCCGCCCACCUCAAACACGUCUUCCACAUCCGCUCGCUCCACCUGGGACACACCGCCAAGAGCUUCGGCCUCAGAGACGCUCCGCAGGGCCUGAGCGCCGCCGGGCCUCCAGGACCCGGGAACAAGAACCGCAACAAGAACCAGGCCAGGAGUCUGGUCAAGAACCAGAACCAGGCGCCCAGCAGCCAGACCACGACACAGAGCAGACCCAGACCAAAGAGGCUCUCUCCGGGUCAGAGGGAGGUCCGAUUGUUCCGGUCCGAGUUCUCCAGUGGGUUGGAGGAAGGAGACGCCAAAAAGAAGAAGAAGAAGAAGAAGAAGAAGAAGACGAUUGGUCAGUCAGGAGAGGAAGAGGAGGAGUCAUGAUGAUGUCACCUUCAGGUCAGAUCAGACACUCAGGAGUUACUUACAGGAAGUCCUGGAAAAGUCCUGGAAGAGUCCUGGAAAAGUCCUGGAAGAGUCCUGGAAAAGUCUGAACACGUUUAAAAUCAUUCAUCGCCUCUUUAAGUCAGACUGCGCUCUGAUUGGUCGAUUCUGACUGUGUGUGUUUUUAUUGUUUCAAUAAUAAACAGUUUGUUUGAUAUUUGAUGAUUUUUGAUGAUGAAACAAAUAAAAAAUGUUUUCACUCCUGAAAGUUUUUA